UAGUUGCUCUGCACUUGCCUUGGAGGGCACACAAAUACAAUAUAUACAUAUGUAUAUACUUUAUACGUAGAAUAUAUAUAUACGUUUAUUUUGCGUCGCUUCGUAGGUGGAUGGUAUUAUUGUUGUUGUACACAUUAAGUACGUGCUUUGUGCUAUUAUUGCAGUUACAUUAUUCGUUUUACAUGAAUUUCAUCGUCUAUAGUGCAACACUGUCAUAAUACCACAGUGUCCAGGUGUACUUCCAUUUAGUACUUGUUGGAGCAUAACAGUGUUUUUGUGCCUCUGAUUACAGUCAUAUCCGUGUGCACGUAUAUAUUAGGCACGUAUGCUUAGUUUUCUUUCAUUUACCUACAUAUUAUACAUAAAAAAAUUGUGUUGACCGUAAAAAAAAGCAGAUAAGUCCCUGCUGCUUGGUAGUUUGUCGCUGCUGCCGAAGCUGCAAAGCGAAUCCGUGCAGCUGAUGCAUCACCACCACAGCCUGCACAUUUAUAUACCUGCGUAUAAGGUACAUAUGCGUAAGGAGAUAGUAUGAAAAAUUAAGCCGAUAAAAUCGUAGCAACGCAUAAGAGGUGGAGAAAGAGUCGAGCCACGGAAGAAUAUCGAGAAGAAGCCGCAAGAAUUUCCCGCGCAAAGACAAAAACUCGAUUGUUAUUGUUUGUUGCGGCUCGUGCAGGGGCGCUUGCACUCUAUAUACACAUCACGUGUGUCAUGCGAAUAAGCGGCUCUGGCGAAGAAGAUGGCACGAGCUCAACCAAUGCCGGCGCGAUCGUCAACAACGCCUGCAUCGUCCGGCGCACCUGAGCCCCGUCACCACCACCACCACGAGGGUCAAACGGUCGGCCCCGGCACGCUACUCGGCCGCGUGUCUUGCUUCAUCGCGCGGCUCUUUGACCGGCCCUCCGCACGGGAGGGCUCGACGAGUUUUUACGAUGAUCGGUAUCACCGGCUGUUCAAAGAGGGCAUCAUCGCGGGAGGAGGGAUGGACGAGUCGUCGGACGAGGAGGGACGAUCGGUAGCGUCGCAAACGAGCGCCGUUGCCGCGGCUGAGCUCGAUGAUGGCCGGGAGGAGCAGGUCGAACAAGACGACGAGCCGUCGAGUCUGAGGAUCGGCGAGAUCAAGAACUUUCUCGUUUGGCACGUUGGCCGCAUCGUGCUCUGGGAGGAUACCAAGCACACCUUCAUCCACCUGCUCGCCUUCAACGUCAUAUUCUGGAGUACGGUAUUGUUCCAUUUGCGAGGUAUCACGGCGGUCUGCAGUGCUGCUGUGAUAUUUAGUAUUUCCAGCAUCGCUGUCAUGGAACCGCAAAGUGAUCACAAAAAAGCUCAGUUCACACUAAAAUACAACCGGUUCGAGAAAGACGUGGAACAUGCCACGAAAGAACUACAACUGAUGGUCGAGGAAGUUAAUCGAGAGUGCCCGACGAUGUUCUUCCUACUCCUAUUGAUUCUUUUCGCAUUCUCCGCCUUCGUCAUACCGUGCAUCAAUCCUGUUUUUCUCGUCUACGUCUCGUUUACCAGCGUCUUCGUCGUGCCCCCGGUUUUCGUCUGGUUUUUUGGCUACCAACCAUCAAACACAGAAAAGGAUGGUGAAAUAUCGGAAUUCCUACCAGAAGUAACGGAAGACAGUCUCCGAGUGUUGGACCGAGCCGGCGAAACUGGCGACUCGCCAGCCCCACCGAAUUCAAACUCGGCGAAUGGUAACAGUACGUCGGAUAAACUGGACGAGGAGGAGCUCGUGGGCUUGAAGAUGCCCUCCCACGACGAAGCCGAAGAAGACAGCGCGGACGAUCUGUCGGACGAUAUAGAGAUCCAGUCUUUCGACGACACCGACGCUUUGUCCAGGAAAAAUCGGCGCAUCGGUGAGGAAGACGAAGAUAGCUCGUCCGACAGCAGCGACGUUGAUGCAUAUGACGAUGAGGAGGAAGAGGAGGAGGAAAGCGAGGCGCUCCAAGACAUGGUACGGAAGAAAGCCACGAAGCUCGACAAGAACAGUAAGCAUCUUGACUUGGACAGAAGCGACAACAGUAGCGACGACGACUUUGAGAUUAUAGAAAUCGAGGAAUUGAAAAACGUUUGAGCAAUCUUUUCGUUAUUUUUCAAUAAUAAAAGUAAUCAAGUAAGGAAAUUAAAUCAACAAUACAAUUAUAGAAUUGUAAGAGGGUAAAAAAGAGAGCAACAAGUAAGUUGUGUCUGUUGCGAUCAUAAAAAAUGAAAACAUGAUAAAAUAUAAAUCAAUCAAUAAAAGGGUAAAUGAAAAAAGUUAUUGACAUAAACAAAAACAGUUCUGCCUGCGUCGAGUUUCAGAUGAAACCAAUCAUUUUACUCAUAUAUAUCACCGUGUACCUGGCUUUUUUCGACAUCCAUUGCCUGUCUUUGCUUUUGCAAUGGCCUUCUUAAAGUGCGCGCGUAUAUGUCUGUGCUUACGACAAGUACACAUACAUGUUGUUGUGUUGUUUAACGCUAAAAGCAUUUUCCUUCCAUUCUCAACCAAAAUAACUAAGCGCAAAACACUUUAUUGCGUGAUUGCACUUCUCUUUGGCGUGUAACUCAUUUACGAUAACAACAUUUGAUUCGUCGUGCACUUAUUUCUUUAUUACUCCGUUCGUGCUUUUACCAUGUUUUGUUUUGUAUAGCCAUAACGUCAUUUUUACUUGUAAAGUUUUAAACACACAAAACGACGAAAAUGGACGUAUUGAUUUUUUUUAACCUCGAUAUUGUUGUUACAUGAAUUUGUUAAACGGAUUUGCAAAUUAUAUGUUUAAGUGCGAUAUUAAUUGAGACACAUCAACUUAUUCUGCUCAAGCGAAAGUGAACAUGAGAUACUUAUUUGUUUUUCUGCAGCGAGUAGUAUUUACCAGAUACCGAUAGAUAAAAUUUAUUUAUUUAUGUAUAAAUAUUUACGAUAUCUAUGAGUCACACGUAGGUAGUAUGAUUGUAUUUAAUAAUUUUAAGAAGUACUCUGUACUCUUCUUUCAAGCGAUUAAGUACAAAUGCCAGAAAACUGCAGUUUUACGUGUUAAACAAGAGCGUUAUGUGAGCAAAAAAAAAAAAUAAACAGAAAAACUUAAGGAUUUGUUUGAAUAAAGAACAAUUACUUAAAAAGCA